UGCAUGGACUAGAUGGCCCAUGUGGAUGAUUCUAUGAUUCUAGGAGUGCUGGUGCCUCAGCAAACUCCAAACCCACGGAGCCCAUAGCAGCUCAGGUGGUGUCCAACUGCAUUCAUUCUACAGUGUAGACGCACCCUUGAGAGGCAGGAAAGCAAAUCAUUUAACAAACAAGCUGAGCAGACGUGAAAGAGAAAGUAAACCGCUGGAAGGGAAGCUGCUGGAAGGCUGUUUGAGCAGGAAGAGAAGCGGAAAUGAAGAAAAGGCCAGCCAUGUCUCCCAAAGCCUGAGGCCAGGCUCCCUUGCUCUCCAGGAGAGACAGAAAGAAGAGACAGAAAGGGUUGAGCAUGAACCAAAACUGAGCCACCCCUCAUUGCUGGCAGAGGAGCGUUUGCAAAGAUGGCUGCUUGCAAUGAAUUCUACGAAGAGAUCAGCCGCGACAGCAUCAAAGACUUUAAGUUCAUCAGUCAAGGGGCCUUUGGUACCAUCUUCCGGGCUCGGCAUCAAGACUGGGGAAUUGAUGUGGCAUUGAAGAUACUUAGUCGCAGCUCCACUUCUUUCACCCAAAAGGAACUCCUGAGUGAAGCCCGGGCCAUGGACAAGGCACGCUUUCUCUACGUCGUGCGUCUCUAUGGCAUCUUUGUAGACAAACUGCAUCUGGAAAGUCCCAGGGUGGGCCUUGUGAUGGAGUACAUGGAAAAUGGCAGCCUAUCUGAUCUGAUGAAACAGGUCGACUUUAUUCCUUGGGCCCUUCGGUUUCGCAUCCUCUACCAUGUGGCUCUGGGGAUGAAUUUCCUACACAGCCUCAGCCCUCCGUUGUUACAUCUCGACCUCAAGUUGGGCAACAUCUUACUCGAUGCUGUUUUGGAUGCCAAGGUGGCUGAUUUUGGACUCUCUAAGUUCAAACGUGGGACGUUUCGGAGUGGUAGUCAAGCCUCCGUGGAAGAAGAAGAGUAUGGCGGGACACUGGAGUACUUGCCACCCGAGGCUUUUGCUAAUCCCUACAAGCCAACCCCUGGCACAGAUGUCUACAGCUAUGCGAUCGUCAUGUGGUCCUUGUUAUCAGGCGAGGAGCUUUAUUCAAAUAUCCCCGCUGGCGCCUUGCGUUCUCUUCUCAAAAUACACAUUCCCAAGGGCGAAAGGCCAAGUACAGAAAAUCUGGAGAAGAUCGAUGUGCUGAAGGUACAAGAUGUGGUCAGGCUUAUGAAAAGGUGCUGGCACAGUGACAAAGUCCAAAGGCCAUCCUUCAGAGAUUGCAGGCAAGAAAUGGAGGUUGUAUCUUCCUGCUAUCAAGGGCACAUCAUGGCUGCUGUCCAUGAAGUUCAGAAUAUUUUGUUGCAGAAAAAAAGUUCCUCAAAUUCCCUUGGAUUAGAGGAGCGUUUGGAAACAUUGCGAGUUGAAGAAUCUUCAUAUAAGCCGAACGCUACGCCCCCAGCGACCGUUUCCAAAAGAAAGCAACAAGGGAAACCUUCAACACCGGUGCCUCUUCAGCGUAGCCAGAGUGAAUACAUUGAGAAAGAAGCUGAGGAGGCAAGCAAUGAAGAGUCCUAUCAUCCAGAAGUGAAAUUUCGGGAUCGGCAUAAGCCCCCAGAUGGCAAACCACCCCGGCCCCAUUCGCACACUUACCUCUACCCAUCUUAUCAACCUGGAUAUCCACACUAUCCACAGUAUAUGUGUUCGCCACCCCACCAAGUGGAUUCUGGACCAGCAUCUCAGGAUCAUUCCCUUCUGCCACAUUUUGUCUACAGAGGGCCAUAUGGCGGCGGCGUCCACUUCUCUGGAUACAACGUCUCAGGAAUCCAAAUUGGAAACAAUAACACUAUGCACUUCGAACGGACUCAGACACCUGGAAAAAAGCAAUAACUAACAAUGCAGAGUGCAGAUGGUUUCUUAUGGACAAUUCCCUUUUCUUGGCCUGGAAGGUCAUUUGGUCCAAAUCGAAAUCCCAUCAUCACUCUUGUCUCCACCGGUUUGCUUUCCGACUAUUUGCGUAAUUCCGUAAAAAUGUUCGUGUAUCUAAAUGUGACGUAUUGUUUGGAAAUCUGUUGCUCACCUACCUUGAUAUAACCCACAUAUAUACAUUUGUGGGAGCAUUGUAGAAAAAGGUGUUUGGAACCUCCCUGGAUAAUGUUAUGUGAACAUUGGUUGUAAUUUAUGCUCCACCAGCAGAUGUCCUGAAACUUGGCCAAUCUUUGUUUCUCCUGGAAUUUGUAUGACAAACAUUAUCAUGUGCAUCAGUUCAAUGGCUUUGACCGCUGUACAAGUACAGUAUAUUCCCCUUUACAUGGACUCACUAUCCAUGGAUUACCCAGAGUCCAAAAGAAAUAUAACCUCCGGAAUGUCUUUGUGAGUGUCUUUACGUCCUCCAGUGUGAUUCUAUGGUAUGCUUCCAGUUCAAGAAUACUCUAAAUAUAGAGUUUGCUGUUAUCCAUGCUUUCCAGUAUGUAUGGUAUGGAAUAUAUCCUGGCAGUGAAAGGUUGAGAAUAAAAUAUACUCCUGGCUCUCCAUA